UCACCUUUUUUUCGUUGAAAUAAAAUAUCACUUGAAAGUUCCAUUAUAAUCUCUGGUGAUGCUUCCCUUGCUUCCAAGUAGUCGUUGUCUCUUACAACCAUUUUGAUAAUCAUCUCCUAGGAAAUAAGGCAUGGAAGGAGAAAUUGUGGAAGAAGGGCUGCUGACAAUGUCCAAUGCCGAUGGAGAGUCCUCCUCGGUCACUAGGGUUCUUCUUCUGAGCACUUUGGUCGCCCUCUGUGCUUCCCUCUCUACUGGUUGUGCUAUAGGGUAUUCAUCAGCUGCAGAAACUGGAAUUCUGGAAGACUUGGACAUUACGGUUGAAGCAUAUACUGUGUUUGGUUCAAUAAUGACAAUUGGAGGAGUGAUUGGCUCAUUGAUAAAUGGGAAGAUUACAGAUCUCAUUGGUCGAAGAGGUACGAUGUGGUUCACUGCAAUAUUCAGUACCGCAGGGUGGUUUAGUAUAGCCUUCGCAAAGAAUGCUUGGUGGCUAGACAUUGGAAGACUGUCAUUGGGUUUCAGUGUUGGGAUCAUAUACUAUGUGGUUCCUGUGUACAUAGCAGAAAUAACACCUAAGAAUCUUCGAGGAAGGUUCACUUCAGCUAACCAGCUGAUGAUUAGCUGUGGCUUUUCAUUGUUUUAUUUGAUUGGUAAUGCUAUACAUUGGCGCACCAUGGCUUUACUCGGUGCUGUUCCAUCCAUACUGCAAAUUGUAGGCUUAUUCUUCAUCCCAGAAUCUCCAAGGUGGCUGGCCAGAGCUGGUAGAAAAACAGAUCUUGAAGUUGUGCUGCAGUGUCUUAGAGGAGAGAAUGCUUCUGUUUCUCAAGAAGCAGCUGAUAUCAUGGAGCACACAGAAAUGUUUCAGAAAAGCUUCGGUAUAAUAACAGACUUGUUGCAGCGCAGAUAUGCUCACUCUCUCAUUGUUGGAGUUGGGCUAAUGUUACUACAACAAUUUUCUGGGGUCAAUGCAGUAGCGUAUUAUGCAAGCACUAUAUUUAUGGAUGCUGAUUUUUCUAAUAGCAUUGGGACAAUAGCAUUGGCUAUAAUUGGGGUUCCUGCCAUUGCAUUGAGUGUUCUCUUAACAGACAAAUGCGGAAGGCGACCACUUUUAAAUGUUUCUGCUGCCGGAAUGUGCUUGAGUUCAUUUCUCAUUGGCUUGGCUUUCUACCUUCAGGAACACAACAUGUGCCAGAAGCUCACUCCUAUUUUUGUGUUUAUCGGCAUGUUGGGUUACGGUGCAUCAUACUCAAUCGGUAUAGCCGGAUUACCCUGGGUUAUUAUGUCAGAGACAUUCCCAGUAAAUAUCAAAGGUUCAGCUGGAAGUCUGUUGAGCCUGGUAUAUUGGUCUUGUUCAUGGAUUAUAACUUACACCUUCAACUAUGUGAUGGAAUGGAGCUCAGCAGGGACGUUUUUCUUCUUCUCAGCCAUUAGCCUUUUGACAAUUCUGUUUGUAACAAAGCUAGUGCCAGAAACCAAGGGGAGAACUCUAGAAGAAAUACAGGCAUCAAUUUCCCAUUUUCACUAAUAUGAUGACGUUUACACUUGUAAACUUGUAUCUGAUAAAUAUGAACAGA